AUGGCACCAAAAGUUAUCAGAGAAGAUUUAGUCGUACCAUACAGGCAUGUACCAGCCAAGGCACGUUCAGAAGCUACUGGAAUGGUAGCACAAUCCUUGCCAAUGGCAGCUAUGUUUAUGAAAAAUAAAUUGUUAUCUUGGACUUCAUUAUUUUUGGCUAUACAGUCAUACUUAAACGAUCCUAUCAAUAAACAGGACGAUCCAGAAAGCACACAACAACCACCACUUUUAAAGAUUGUUUUUGCUUUAAUUGCUGUUUGUACCUGCUACAUUGAUUUGAUUUUCCCAAAGACUAAUCCAGCUGCAAAGGCAGGCAAUUUAGCCCAAACUGUCAGUGCAACUGUAUCGUCCGUAAUCUCUUCUGCUACUGGUAGUAACUAA